AUCCCUGCUCCUGCACUGGUCUCCAUCUCCCAGCAGAAGGCGCAGCCAUGAAUCCGUUAUUCGGUCCCAACCUCUUCCUUCUACAGCAGGAGCAGCAGGGUCUUGCCGGGCCACUGGGGGACCCUCUGGGAGGUGAUCACUUUACUGGGGGAGGGGACUUGGCUCCGGCGCCACUCGUCCCAGCAGGCCCCGCUGCCUACUCACCGCCCGGGCCGGGAACGGCGCCCCCAGCCGCCAUGGCACUCCGCAAUGACCUGGGCUCCAACAUCAACGUGCUCAAGACCCUGAACCUCCGGUUCCGCUGCUUCCUGGCCAAGGUACAUGAGCUGGAGCGCCGGAACCGGCUGCUGGAGAAGCAGCUACAGCAGGCGCUGGAAGAUGGUAAGCAGGGCCGGCGGAGCCUGGCGCGCCGCGACCAGGCGGUACAGACUGGCUUCAUCAGCCCCAUCCGGCCGCUGGGGCUGCCCCUGGGCGCCCGGCCGGCCGCUGUCUGUACCCCGUCAGCGCGGGUGCUGGGCUCGCCCGCCGGCCCCCUGACUCCCUCAGCGACCGGCCACUCGUCCUCCACCUCCACCGCCCUCGCCACCGCCAGCUCCACCACCUUCUCCUCGUCCACCCGCUUCAUGCCGGGCACCAUCUGGUCCUUCUCUCACGCCCGCCGGCUUGGACCUGGCCGAGAGCCCACCCUGGUGCAAGGGCCUGGCCUGUCAUGGGUGCACCCCGACGGGGUGGGCGUCCAGAUCGACACUAUCACUCCAGAGAUCCGCGCCCUUUACAACGUGCUGGCCAAAGUGAAGCGGGAGCGGGACGAGUACAAGCGGAGGUGGGAAGAGGAAUACACAGUUCGCAUGCAGCUGCAAGAGCAAGUGAAGGAACUCCAGGAGGAAGCCCAAGAGGCAGAUGCCUGCCAGGAAGAACUGGCGAUGAAGGUGGAGCAGCUGAAAGCUGAGCUAGUGGUCUUCAAGGGGCUCAUGAGCAAUAACUUGUCAGAGCUGGACACAAAGAUCCAGGAGAAGGCCAUGAAGGUGGACAUGGACAUCUGCCGCCGCAUCGACAUCACCGCCAAACUUUGUGAUGUGGCUCAGCAGCGCAACUGCGAGGAUAUGAUCAAGAUGUUCCAGAAGAAACUGUCUCUGCACUUGUUUCCCAUUAAGGUCCCAUCCAUGGGGGGGCGGAAGCGGGAGCGCAAGGCUGCCAGCGAGGAGGACCCCUCCCUGUUGGAGAGUGACGGGCCCCGCCAGCCCGAUGGGGAUGAGGAGGAGAGCACAGCCCUCAGCAUCAACGAGGAGAUGCAGCGCAUGCUCAACCAGCUGAGGGAGUAUGAUUUUGAGGACGACUGUGACAGCCUGACUUGGGAGGAGACUGAGGAGACCCUGCUGCUAUGGGAGGAUUUCUCAGGCUAUGCCAUGGCAGCGGCAGAGGCCCAGGGAGAGCAACAGGAGGACAGUUUGGAGAAGGUGAUUAAAGAUACUGAGUCCCUGUUCAAAACCCGGGAGAAGGAAUAUCAGGAAACCAUUGACCAGAUAGAGCUGGAGCUGGCCACAGCCAAGAACGACAUGAACCGGCACCUGCAUGAGUAUAUGGAGAUGUGCAGCAUGAAGCGGGGCCUCGACGUGCAGAUGGAGACCUGCCGCAGGCUCAUCACCCAGUCAGGAGACCGAAAGUCUCCUGCUUUCACUGUGGUCCCGCUUAGCGAACCGCCACCACCGCCAAGCGAGGCUGAGGACUCAGAUCGGGAUGUCUCAUCUGAUAGCUCCGUGAGAUAG